GUGUGCCAGGAACAUCUCAAUUUUAAUUGGCUAGUAGAGUAUUGAACUGGGAGACACUUGUGGCAAAACAAUAUGAAUAGCUGAAAGUUAAAGCAUUUAGGGUUGUUAGCUGCACACGGUUGGUGAUCCUCUCCGACAAUGAAAAUCGGCUACAGGUAAUUAGCCUGGAAUGCUGUUUCUAAUAAAUUAUUCAUGACCUCCUACACUAAUCAAGAUUAGUAGCACCGAGCAUAACAGGCAAAAUGCAAUCAGUUUGGUGUCGAACAAUAAAGAGCAAUUAACCAAGCAACGGAUCUGAUAAGUAAUGCCAGCCAUUAAUAUUUCACCCGCUUCAGUCGUGGGUUUAGAUUGAUUAAAGCUAGUGUGAUGCUCAUUCUGUCCCAGUUCAUUUCUUUACUCGAGCUGCAAAGUGAAAAAUUCACGCACAUGCUGUUUCAUAGUGCACCACAGGGAAUGUCAUCAAUAAUGAAUCCUCAAUUUUGUCGCACUCCAAGAUUCGUACUUACUACCUGCCCCUGAGUUUUCACUAAUAAGAACAGACGGAAAGAUAGAGCAGAGGCACAGCAUCUUUUGACCUGAAUCCUGAACUACAUCAAAGAACUCAUGGGGCUCGGGGAGGCUUCAGCAAGGGGGACAAGAAUGGAAGGAGACUGCCUCAGCUGCAUCAAGUACCUCAUGUUUGUCUUCAACUUCCUUAUCUUUUUCUUCAUGCUGAUCCUCAUUAUAUUCCUGGCAGAGCUGGCGGCAGCCAUUCUUGCCUUCAUCUUCCGGGAACAUCUGACUAGAGAAUACUUCACUAAGGAACUGAAGAGGUACUACCAAGGCUACAACAACACUGAUGUCUUCACAUCAACGUGGAACGCCAUUAUGAAUACAUUUGACUGCUGUGGAGUGAACAGUCCAGAAGACUUUGAGGAAAGCAUCUUCAGGUUUAUAAACCCCGGUGAAGUGGUGCCCGAGGCCUGCUGCCGUAGGAAUAAUCAUCUCGGAGAAGUAGGCUUCAGUAACAGGGAGGAAUGCCUGUCAGGCAGCAUGCUGUACCGGAACAACAAGGGCUGCUAUUCAGCGGUUGUGGACUACUUUGAGAUGUACAUCUAUGUUGCUGGUGCCCUGGCUAUUGUUGUACUCACGAUCGAGCUUUUCGCAAUGGUGUUCGCCAUGUGUUUGUUCAGGGGAAUCCAAUAGAUCAAGUUCACCGAAAGACUUUUUCAAAAAGGAAAACACCACAAAAGAAAACUGAACCACUUGUCAAAGAAUGUUUUACUCCAUUUUUUUUAUCUCUAAAAUUAUUAAGGAACAAAAAAGAAUCAUUGACCUGUACUUCACAGCUGGACCUUUGAGGUACAAGGUAACAAAAUAAAACAUUGACAAAAAAA